AUGGCAGAAGCUCAGCAGGCUCGGGUGCAGCAGGCAGUAGAGGAGAUGGUACAGAGUCUGGAGAGGGAUCACAUCCGAAAAAUGCAGGGUCGGAUGUUCCGGUGCAGCGCCGAAUGCUGCGAGCGCUCGACGGAUUCCAUGAACCAGGUGCAUCAGUGUAUAGAACGCUGACAAGCUCACGAUCGGGUGUCUGAAUACUUUUGGCCGUAUUGUUUAGCUUAUAUGCUUUGAGAUUGAGUUGCAACAGUUUAGGGAAGGCCCUUUACUGUUUAAGCACGACUGUGUCCCUGUGCACAAAAAAGGAUGUUCAUAAAGACAUGCUUUGGAGUUUGGAGUGGUGUGGAGGAACUUGUGCUGUUUUGACAGCAUUUUAGGUUCUCCCUGUGUCUGUGGGGUUUCCUCCGGGAGCUCCGGUUUCCUACCACAGUAAUUUGAGACACUAAAAUUGCCCUUAGA